AUGGUACAUACCGCGGCCAUCCUGAACGGAUUGUCGGGAGUGAUCCUUGGUCCUGCCACAGCACUGGUCUCCGCGGUUUGGUUCCCUCCUGGGAAACGCACCACUGCUACCGGCAUAUCUUCUGCUUGCAAUCAAUUGGGAAUGGCGAUUUCUUAUUUAAUUGGGCCAGCUAUAGUAGAGGACACAAUCGCGUAUAAUACUACAUCUUUGAUAAAUAAUAUAAAUUCCAACAAAAGUGUCACUUUUGAUAAAACGUAUCCGGUGGCAUUGCGAGCACAGAUUAUGUCUCUCAUGAGAAUCGAAUUUGUCGGCCAAUUUCUUAUCCUGAUAGGCAUUCUUUGUUUCUUACCGGAGGAAUCGUGUCAAUCUGUUGACCUCUCUGAAAUUUCCGAGCGUCUUGGCCUCGUAGAAUCCAUCUUUCGUCUAUUAAAAAAUAAAAACAUGUGGCGUCUCUGCUUGGCUGCCGCACUUAGCCAAGGUGUGACUGGACCUUGGCUCGCGAUGAUGACGAUGACAUUUGACGCCAGCAUUACGCAAGAAGAGGCGGACAAGUUAGCUUUCUGGACUAUCAUCGUUAGUGGCGUUUUGAGCUUGAUAGCGUCGCGAUUGGCAGAUGCAUUUCAAGGUCGUCUAAAGAUCACUCUUUACAUACUGUUGACGAUAUCAUCGGCAAUGUUCCUAUGGAUACUAUUGCUCGACGAUCGUAUCCUAGUCUUCCACAAGGGUGAAUUAUAUGCCGCGGUCAUCCUGGGGAUAUCCGCCAGCUGGUCCACUCCCGCCCUUUUUCUCGAACUCGCCUCCGAGAUUGCAUUUCCGAUCUCCGAAGCCAUCUUCAACAUCUCGAGGAUCUUGGAACGAAAUAAAAGAUUGCAAAAGAUUUCAAAGGAAGAAAUACAACGCUAA